AUGCGCACCGCUUCAUUGCUCGCGGUUACAUUGUCUGCUUUAGCCGCUGCCGAGAGCACCACCACCGUUGGCUAUCUCGGUGUCAACAAUGGACUCGGUGAUGACAUCGGCCCCUUUUGGUUCACCAGCACUGCAGCCAGUGUUGCUGGCAUUAAUGCAGAGGCUACCACCUACGAAAUCAGGUGUUUGAGCGGCGCGCCCUCAUCCGACUGCCAGAUCGAAUCCAAGCAUCCCUGGACCCUCAUUCAGGGUCCUGCCACCUAUAACUUUGAUGCUUCCUUUACUUACUCGAGUGAUCACACGACCGCCACAUAUACCGAGACAGCUGACUGCUCUAUGAGUCAAUACUCAACAUCGGUCUCUUGCUCGUGGAGUGUCUCGGCCACUGGCUCAUCAUCUGGAGGAAACCUUGCCUCUUCCACCUCUUCUUCGAGCUCAAACAUCGCGACUGCGUCGAUCACCUACUGGGAGCUGGAGGUCACUGGCGGUGUUGCCUCCUUCACUGCUCCUGAGGCAACCAAGACCGCUGGUGCUGCUGUUGGUCCCGCGAAGCCUUUGAUCACCGCUGCACCACUGGCCGCUGCAGCUGCCGCAGCCGUUGCCGCCAUGUUCUAA